AUGUUUCCAAAUUCGUUUACUCCCCAAGAACAUCAUACAUCACAAAGAAUUGCAGCAAAUCAUUUCAGUGCUCCAGUUGUGUCAUACAGACCACCCGAAACAGUUGUAUUUCCGGCCAAUUCAAAGUCUAAAGUUUAUUUGCCUGAAAGCCCACCAAAUUAUAGCUCACGUCCGACAAAGAAAAACUCUGCACCGUCUCAUGACCUCAAAGCAACUGAAACAAAGAAGCAAAAAAAGAGGAAACCAUCUGAUUACUUCGAUAUGGAAGAUGACGACUAUUUGGAUAGCUACUAUCAGGAUUAUGACUAUGAAAUGGAAAACGAACGUCCAACCCGUAAAGCGCCCAAGAAAACUUCCCAUUCUCAUUCAACAAAAUAUAAGCCGGGGGUUGAUCCAUUUGGAAUGCUUCCUUCUGCUUCAGAUCCCGAAGGUUUCUUCGCUAAGGCAAAAGACAUACUUCGAGGCGGAAGCUAUAACCGACCAAGUUAUUCUUCGAGUAACCCAGAUUACUAUCCUAGCUAUCAGUCCAGCAAACCUUAUGGUGAAUCUGAUUUGUACAACACUCAGUCAUAUUAUGACCAGGAAAAUAAUGGGUACCCAUCCAAAACAGAAUAUUACGGAAGUCCUGGCUAUGAUUAUGAUGGCAACUAUGGCGACAAAUACGGUGGAUUCAUUCCGUACCCUGAAAAACGAAAAGGCUCUAAGUAUGGACCACUUGCAUUUGCCUUAGGUCUUCUCCCGCUGGGUCUUCUUUUAGCGUCACUAGUUCCUACCGUCGUGACUAUUCCAGUUACAACCGCAGUUGCUACAGGAAGAAGACGGAAGAGAAGUGUUCAAUUUGUAAAUCCUGUUCUAGACACCAUUACUGAAUACGGAUUACCAGCUCUAGAAGAUCCGGUUUGUUUAAAACGAAUAUUUUGCCAAGUAGUGAGAGGUGGGAAACAAGACAGAUCAUCCAUCGUACAGAAACUUUAUUUCAAAUUAGCAUACGUACUUGAUGAAAAAAUUGCUGAUGCUGUUGGAUUGAAAUCAUUGCUGAUAGCUGUAAAAAAAGACCAAUGUCAACAGUUUGAGUGUACUCCAAGGAAAAAUUCAACAAUUCCUAAGAACAAAUAAAAAUUGAUUUAAUAAGUGGUGUGAAAAAAAGAUUCCAAUUGCUGCAAAACUUUAAAGGGAAUGCGUUAUUUUUCUCCUUUUAUAUGUAUACUAGUUUUUGUAUCUUUACUUCAAAAUCAUUUCAACAUCUUCUUCAGUACAUUAUAUGAAAAAAAGCAUUUCUGAGUUAUAUGAUGAUAUUUUUUCUGUGAUAUUCC